CGCCUCAACGAGAGCUUUCGGGACAUGCAGCUGAAGCUGCUGCACCUACCUCUGAAGGGGGACGUGCUGGAUCACAUCUGGAGGCUCCAGGACCUCCUGCAGAACCACUCGGACUCCUUGUUCCUCAUGACGGGGUCACUGCAGAAGCUGGAAGGGCUUCUCUGGAGCCUGCAGACCCAGGCCAGCCAAACCGACAAGGCAGUGUCCAACCUCUGGGACAGCUUGACCCAGCAGAGCGACGCGGCUCAGCAGGAGAUGUACAAGCUCUCCGUGGAAGGCAACAGCAGCUGGCUGCUGCUGCAGCACCAUGACCAUCUCCUGAGCCACCUGAGCAGCAGGGUGGAGAGCCUGAGUGACCAGGUGACGACUGUGAGCGGGGCCAUGGACACCAUGAACAGGACCUUCUCCUACGAUGUGAACAUCCACCAUACCCGCAUCCAGGACCUGCAGGUGCUGAUCAGCAACGCUACCGCAGAUGCCCGGCAGAUGCGUCUCAUCCACAUAGCCACGGAGGAACAGCUAAAGCAUGAGCUGGCCAUCCUCAACAAUGUGACCGAGGACCUACGACUGGAGGACUGGGAGCACUCCACGGCGCUGAAGAACAUCUCCGUGAUACGGGGUAAGCUGAAAAGCUCUUCGUAA